ACACGCCUUCGAAUCUCUGACACAUUCUGCGGAUAUCCAAUCAGAAUUUAGCUGUCGUGUACAUGAGUUGAACAUUGUCUACGGCUAACAGCAAUGCCCAAAAAGAGUAAAUAAAAUACAAAUACUUAAUCCACAAGCUAACCAUUCAUAGGCUUUUGUCAACUGUUACACCGACCAGAAUGACAUUAGCAAGUGGAAUAAGUGGCAGGAGGAGCGUGGUGUGGGGCUGGCUACUCCUGGUCUCUUGCUUUCUGCUGUCUGUCUGUUCACAGCAGCCGCCCCAGGAUCAACCAACAGAAAGUCACCAUCCUAACAUGCACCUGGACAAGAACAUGGUCCACGACAGAGAACACAUCAUGGAGCAUCUAGAAGGUGUUAUAGACAAGCCGGAAGCAGAAAUGUCGCCACAGGAGCUCCAGUUGCACUACUUUAAGAUGCACGACUACGAUGGCAACAACCUACUGGACGGGCUGGAGUUGGCCACAGCCAUCACACACGUACACAAAGAGGAGAGAGGAGAGAACAGCCAGCCUAUGAAGGAGGAGGACCUCAUAACCCUUAUAGAUGACGUCCUGAGGGACGAUGAUAAAAACAAUGACGGGUACAUAGACUAUGCCGAGUUUGCCAAGUCCCUGGAGUAGUGGAAAGACCUCGGCGUAAUUGCAGAGGUCUGGCUUAGUGGACUGUACACAACAGCACCCGUUUUCAUCUCAAGACGAAACCUCUGUUAAAAGUAGCUGAAUCGGUACACAUGUCUCUGGUGCUGACGCUGUCCGUGGUCUGUCCUGCCUGAAUUCAUGUUCCGGAGGUGGCCGAACCCUUAGUCACCGGGUUCACGUCGGGAUUUUGAAAUUCAUCAACGGGCUUCACAGCUCUUAUUUCAUUUUCUUUUUUUUCACAGAUUUUUUUUUUGUUGUCAAAAUCUGUUUCCGGUCAGAACAUGCUCAGUCAUUUCAAGAUGGAUAGGUCCAUUAACAUUUCCUCCUGACAUUCAAGUGUGGCCUUCAGUGUUUUUUGCUUAACAGAAUUUUCUUUUUUAUGAUAACUGGGCUGUAGAUUGUCCACCCCUGAUGAAUACAUUAAGUGAUUAUAGUGAUUAUUACAGAAACUGACAAAUAUUUCUUAUUGAUUUUACCAACUUAACUAGUUCAGCCAAACUGGAAUUGAAUUCUUCAGGAGGUAUUUUCCUAACCGCUGCUUUGCUGUAGGGUUUAUAUAGUUAUGGUUCAAUGAUGUUUGAUUUUAUGCAUUCAAUCAAAUUUGGCUGUUAACGAUGACAUGUUGCCCUUAACUUUAAGGGGGACCUUUACUGUUACUGUACAUCAUAGUGAGAAUGUUCCAGGCCAGAUGCCGUAAUGCUGCAGUAUAAUCUACCACAGAGAAAAUCUAAUGUGGGAAAGGCAAUGCAGGUUUGGAGAAUUUCUCUGAAAAAAGAACCAAUAAGCAGGGUUAGGUUUAGAUUGAACAAAACAGAAGACAGUAUUUUGAAACAGAAGCUAGUCCCAGGCUUUUUCUAAGAAUGCUUAUUCUUGUUUUCAAAAUGCUUUCUCCAGUUUGCUUGUACUGAAUGCAAUCCAGGCUGGUCAAUGCAGGCAGUCACAAAUGAGAACUCUGUCUGAUGAGCGACACUGACAUUCCAAACACAAAACUGCCUCCAGCAGGACUGAUACUAGAGGGUUGCUAGAAUCUGAAUGUACAGUAACACAGAUGUAUUGUGCUGCUCAAUGUGAUACCUUCACCUCUGGAUUCACUUGACUUACAGAACAGUGACACCCCCUGGGUGAUAUCAAUACAUGCAGGUCAACUUAAUUUAACCCCGCACUGUACCUAAAGCAAGUGUUAUCUUGCUGUACAGGUUAGCUGCCUAUGAAGAGACAGUGUUGUGUUGAUACACCACACUUCAUAUGGAGUAGAGGCUCAUUGCUAAUAAACAGUUGCAGAUCAUAAGAAGGGGACCAGGCAUUUCUGUUAAAUGGCCCAGGUCUGUAAUCCUACAAUUUGAUUUAGUGGACAGUGUACUGAACCAUUAGUUAUUUUCGUCAUUCAGUCGCGCUGGUUCAGUAAAGUUCUUUGGAUGGAUGUUUUUAAUUAUAAUCUAUAAAAUAUGACCGGUUAGAGGAAAGAAGAAACUGUUGUCUCUGCUGUGACAUGUAAUAAACACAAUAGAACUUA